AAAAGGGUGGUACGGAUUCCCCUACUAUCCAGUAGUCAUCAGAAGUGAGAAGGUUGAGCACUUGCUUGCUCCAGCUUGACUCCAACACUGAAAAAUAUGUAUCUAGCAGAAGCAAACAGUAAUGGUCAUCACCCAUCGCCCCCUCCUGACAUAAUCGACAAGAAGGAGGUGUGGAGAUGCUUGCCUUUACACCGUGCAUUACUCAGAGGCGACCAACGUGGUUCUGAACAAAUUGCUCAAUCUCUCUUCCCACAUAUUCCUUUUGUUGAAGCCAUGUCCAAGAAGAUAACAGGAACAGGGGACACCGGCCUUCAUUACUUGUUGGUGCUGGAAAGUGGUUUGAUGACCUGAUGCAUAAUCCAACAAUGAUUGGACCACCAUUGACUUUGCGUAACAGAGAUGGUCAUACACCUCUUUGUGUGGCUGCAAUGGUUGGGAACAUGCAGGCAGCCAGGAAAUUAUUACUACUUGAAAUGGGACUCCCACCGACUUUGCCAGCUCUCAAUGAAGCUGUUGGGCCGUAUCCAAUCAUAGAGGCUGCUAGAUAUGGUCAUAGGGAGAUGGUUUUACUUUUGAUUGGGGAUAUGGACAGGACGAUGGAAGGCUCCGCGCCAACCAAAGAAUCAACUGCUUCCCUCUUUCUCCAUUUGUUAGUAGUGGCUGGAUUCUAUGAUGUGCUGCUAGAUCUGGUUCUACUUCAUCCUGGUUUGGCCCGGGCAGAGUUUUAUGGAGACAAUAACGAAUCCCUUUUGAGCUUGAUGGCUGGGAAACCUUCUGCAUUUAGGAGUGGGACACAACUAAGUUUCUGGCAACGGUUGCAUUAUUCUGUAACACCAAUCGGACACAUUAGGGAUACAAAAGUGAUGCAUGAAGAGGCUCUUGCUAUAGUGAAAUGUCUUUGCGAGGAACUUAUGAAACAUUAUUACUCUGAGGAUAUAGAGCCAGUACUUCGAACAGCUCUUCUUUUGGCAGCAAGUUCAGGAACUUCUGAAAUCAUAGAAGAAAUUAUAGAAUGCUACCCUGAUGCAAUUUGGUUUGUGAAUUCUGAGAACCAUAACUUAUUUCACCUUGCAGUAAUAAAUCGUUAUGAGAAGGUGUUUAACCUUAUAUAUCAGUUAAGCAUAUAUAAACAUUUGGUAAUAGCCGAUGAUGACACUUCAGGGAACAAUAUAUUACAUAUGGCUGGGAAACUAGCACCUCUUGGCCGACUCAAUCUAAUCUCAGGUGCAGCUAUGCAAAUGCAGCGUGAACUACAAUGGUUUCAGGAGGUGGAAAGGUUUGUUCACCCGACUCUUAGAACAAAGAGAAACGCUUAUGGAAAAACUCCAAAAAUGGUGUUCACUGAGGAACACAAGGAACUGGUCAAAGAAGGAGAGAAAUGGAUGAAAGAAACUGCAACUUCCUGCAUAUUUGUCGCUGCGCUAACAGCAACAGUAGGAUUUGCAGCAGCCAUCACUGUGCCAGGUGGAAACAAUCAAAACAGUGGGUUUCCACUUUUCUCCAACGAAACGGCCUUCACCAUUUUUGCUGUUUCGGUUGCAUUCUGUUUGUUCUUUUCGGUUGCCUCUGUUAUACUGUUUUUGUCUAUCCUCACCUCAAGAUAUGCAGAAGGUGAUUUUCUAAAAUCUCUUCCGACAAGAUUAAUUCUAGGCCUCGGUACCCUAUGCAUCUCAAUGACAUCUCUGGUGACAGCAUUUGGUGCUGCAAUUUACCUUGUUUUUGGUCAGACAGAAGGAUGGAUGCUUGUUUCAGUCGGCAUAGCAGCCCUCAUGCCAGCCGGCAUAUUGGCCCUCUUGCCAGUAAUCCACUUUGAAUCCUUGCAAAUUCCCCUCUUGAUUGAUAUGUUUAUGUCCACAUAUGGUCCAAGCAUUUUUCGUAAGCAGAGCUCGCGUUUACUUCACUAGCAAGAAAAGAGGGAAGGAGAGUGCAGUUAUCGAUGUUCUUGUAUUUGUGUUUGAUUAAAGGGAAUGAGAAGUUUUGAGUAAUUUUUUAAAAUGUAUUUUUAUGCUAGUUCAUUCAUAUUUGUGUUGGAAGAAAGCUCCGUUUAUUUUG